AUGGCGAACAAAGUCUUGGUACAAGGUGUAGGGUUAAUUCAGGAGUGGUUCAUCCAACACACAUCCAACCCUACUUCCUCAACUGAAGUCAUCAGAGUUCUGCAUCGGGGCCGAGAUAACGUUCUGAGCAUCAACUCGCUCUCCGUCGGUAAUCUAAUCAGCUUGCGAGGAAAUGUUGUUGGGUACCAAUCUGAAAACAACGUAUGGGAGAUCAAUGCUACCAGUCCCAUACCAUCUGUCUUUGUCUUGCAGCGUCAUAAUGUAGGCAGCGAGCUUUGUUGCACAAAGACUUCAGCCCAUAACGUUCCGAAACCCGAUGCCUGUCCAAUACAUUCUUGA